AUGUGGCAACAGCAGAGAGUCGUCUACGUUAAGGACAGCACUUACCACCCUUAUACCUUCGGACUCAACUACAGCGUCCCUUAUACUUUCCUUUCUAAUAGAUAUUGGGAUCGAAACACUUCCCGCCUCUAUCAGAGGAUCACGAGACUACUCCUGGGCCCCUUCUGGACAAUACAAGCCAUGAAGAAUUCGACGAAGGUGAUGACGGUGCGCCACCCGCUCGAGCGUCUUGUCUCCGCCUUCAGGGACAAGUUCCAAGACGGGAGGGCCGUGGAGAAGGCGCAGUCGGAUGGACACAUGAGAUACUUCUGGAAACCGGCCAUGGUAGCGCUGAAGAAAGGUCGCAACGAAGAAGGCAAGUUGCAAAUCACCUUCCACGAGUUUUUGCAAUACGUGGUAAAGGAACAGCGCUCCUCCGCCGGCGACCCCCACUGGAUGCGCCUCUACAGACUGUGUUCCGUCUGUGGCAUCGACUUCCCCUUCGUCAUGAGGCUCGAGACGUACACCGAUGACCUCGCUUUCCUCGUCCGGAAUCUCGGGAUCGCGGAGGUCAACCCUCUCGAAAGACGCCACUCGCUGUGA